CAAAAACCAGGAAAAAGACACUGGGAUCCGCGGAACUGCGAUUACACACUACUACGCUGGACGAAGCGACGCCAAAUAACGUAAUAUUUAGCCCCGGAGUGCUUUUUGCCUGUAGGAUCCCCGCCGGGAACCCCUGGAAACGCGAUUGGGAUCGUUUAGAGUAGAAGUUGGGGGUUUGUUGUGACAACAUGACAAUCACUAUCAGCUCGAAACAGAAAGUAGUAGGUUUUUGGCUUUGUUAAAUCAGUAAGCCACAAUGUCCAUUAAUUACACCCAGUCGAUAUAAUUUCUCUGCUGGCCUUUAAGUGACGUUUGUUAACAUUUCGCGCUGUCGCGUGGAUGUAGUUGAAACAACGAGUAUUAAUAAUAUCCAUCGAAAUCAGCUGGAAUCUUACACAUUAUGAAGAGCACGUACACACUCGUUCUAAGUUUGCUAAUAAUGUACGGAGUUUUUGGUGUUGAAACAGAAGAAGUGAAGUCAGUGAUGGAGGGAGAUUCUGUCACUCUGAACCCUGAUCUUUCUAAAAUACAAGGAAUGGUCCUGCUACUGUGGAGGUUUGGAGAGAAAGGUUCCACUAUCGCUCAGAUUGAUGGAAAUGAUAUCAUAUAUGAAGAUUAUGAAGUAUUUAGAGGCAGACUGCAGCUGGAUCAGACUGGAUCUCUCACCAUCACAAACGUCAGAACUAAUCACUCUGGACUUUAUAAAGCAGAAGUCAGCCACAACACUGGAACCUCAUAUAUUAUGUUCAGGGUUACUGUCUAUGAGUCUCCGUCUGUUAUUGCUGGGGCUGAAACUGAAUUGAAGCCCAUGUCAGUGAAGGAGGGAGAUCCUGUCACUCUUCAUGUUCCUCAAAUACAAGGAGAUGAGCUGAUAGUGUGGAGGUUUGGAGAUGAAGGAAAACUCAUAGCUAAAGCUGAUAUAGAGGCCAAGAGCUCAUCAUUAUAUGAUGAAACUGAUGAGAGAUUCAGAGACAGACUGAAGCUGGAUCAGACUGGAUCUCUGAUCAUCACAAACACCAGAAUCACACACACUGGAGAAUAUAAAGUGAAGAUCAGCAGCAACAAACAGACCUUAUACAAGAGAUUCACUGUUACUGUCAGUGAACCAGGUCUGUCUCCAGCAGCUGUAGCAGGGAUUGUUGUUGUUGUUGUUGGUGGUGUUCUGCUGCUAACUGCAGCUGUUGGUGCUUUUUUUUAUCGCCGCAAGAAAACUGAACUAAAUAAUCAAAAGUCAAAAAUCUCUGAAACACUAAAGGAAACAUCGGUGAUCUCUGGAAAACUAAAGCUAAUGUCCGAGAUCUCCACACAACUAAAGCAAAUGACGGAGGACUGUGAAAAAGAAUUGUCUGAGAUAUCUGGACACCAUCAAACAUUGAAGAUCUCUGAAAAUCUAAAGGAAAUGUUGGAUAUAUCUGAACAACUAAAGCAAAUGUCGAAGGACUGUGAAAAAAAAUUGUGUAAGUAUUAAAACUGAUAUACAGAG